UUCUAAGUAUAGAACCUUCUUUUACUAAAUGAAGAUGAUUCAUAAUGUUUAGCCUGCUUUAUUUUCCUACAUGUCUUUCUUCCACUGAUUCCGCUCCCUAGUAUCUUGUGAUAUCACGAAAUUCUCGGCUUCAUGAUCAAUCUUAAUUAUAUAUCAUUACCUUAUUUUCUCCAUCAAAACUUUCUUGAUUCAUUUCCUAACAAAAUCAUCAAGAAGAAGAAUCAUCAGCACGCACCUAAAGUCCUCGGUAUAUCUACCUUGUUGUGAUUGUGAAUGUGAUUUGUGAUCAAUAACAAUAUUGGUAGAUAUUGAAAAUGCAACAACACUCUUAUAGUAACCAAAAAAUGGAGGAGCAAAUGAGAAAAGCUGAGGAAUCAUCAUGGCUGGGAACCAAGAGAGGAAAAUUUGGCAUGAAAGAUAACAACAGCAACAGCAAGAAGUACUCUUCUUCCUUCGACAAACUGAAGAGGGAGUUAGACGAUCGGAGAUAUUCCGAGGAGAUGGCAAUGAGCACUGUUUCCGAUUUUAAAAGGAGGGUUCUAGAAUUGGAAACCGAGCUCAACAAGAGAAAAGAAUCCGAGGCAAAUUUGUUUGAAACUUUGGUUGUACAGACAAAGCAACUUGAACAAAGCAAGAUUUUUCUCGAAGAGUCGAAAAUUGAAGUUGCUUCUCUCAAAGAGAAGAUAAAAGCAAUUCAACAGGAUGGAAUUGAAAAAGAGGCAAAAUUGAGUGCAAUACAAGGAAUUCAAGAUGGUGAGGCACUUUCUUCCAAGUUAUAUGAUCUUAUUGAAGAAGUGAACUCAUUGAAGAAUGAGUUAAAGCUGGCAACGGAGGCAGAGGAGAAUAGCAAGAAGGCUAUGGAUGACUUAGCGUUCGCGCUUAAAGAAGUCGCAACCGAGGCAAACCAAGUGAAGGCCAAGCUUACAUUGAGCCAAGUUGAACUCGAGCAUGCGAAGGGCGAAGCAGAGAGAUGGAGGGCAAUGAUGGAAAGCACGGAGGAGAAGUACAAGGAGGCUCUUGAGAUGACAAGGAAAGAAGCAGAUAGAUACCAGAACACGGUUGAGAGGCUAAGGUUGGAGGCAGAGGAAUCUCUCUUAGCAUGGAAUGUGAAGGAAACAGAGUUUGUGAACUGCAUUAAGAGGGCUGAAGAGGAAAGGUUGCUUGCGCAACAAGAAAACGCUCGAUUGCUUGAAUUGCUUAGGGAAGCGGAGAGCAAAUCAAAGGAUGACAACCAUAAACUUCGUGACAUACUCAAACAGGCUUUGAAUGAGUCCAACGUGGCGAAAGAAGCCGCGGAGAUCGCUAGGGCCGAGAAUGCUAGGCUGCAGGAUAGCCUAGCAUUGCUAGUGCAAGAAAACGAGAUGCUAAAGAUUCAUGAAGCUGCGUCAUUUGAAAACAUCAGGGAGUUAAAGCGAAUGCUUUCAGAAUCUACCUUAAAGGAGUAUAGAAAUGAGGAAUUUCAGAAGUCAUUUUUGUCAUCGUCAUCAACGAAAGAAUUGGGAAGAAGUAGAUCCAGAACUAAUAAUUUGUCAAUGGAUCAAAGAGAUUCUACUACCAAACAGACUAGGAGUUUGAGCAAAACUUUUAGUCUUAAUCUUAAGGAUAUGAUAAUGAGUCCCAGUAGACAACAACAAAAGGUGGUAGGAAACAAUAACAAUAAUGAAGAUGCUUCAAACAGAGAAAGUCCAAGUGAGGAUUCACUACUAAAGGGUUCAAUUUUUGAUGAGGUGGAUUCAUCUGAUUCAGGAUCCAAUCACUAUGAUUAUUUAGAUAUGGGAACUCCAGAUAUGGAGCUUUAUCAGGCAGAUGAAUCUUUUACUGAUUCUGAGAGUGAGAGAAACACGAGGAAGAGAAGGGCUUUGCUUAGAAGGUUUGGUGAUCUCAUAAGAAGAAAGAGUUCUCAUACCAAUUAUCCAACCACAAGGUCAAAGGAAUCAUCCAUUGUUGAGGAACAUCAGUUACAAAACAUGAAUUGCUAAAAAGGUUCAUCAAA